CUUAUUGUAAUUUAUUACCAAAAAAAAACAAGGUUAGCGAAAUUUUUUCGUAGUGUUUAUCACAUAUAGUUUUUUUUUCUGUGAAAAAAUACCGUUGUUAGUUAUAUUUGCAGGGAACCACCCAAAAUACAAUCAGCACAAUUGGAAAAAAUGUAGGAAUGUUGUUCAGAUAUUCAAGCCAAUACGGGAAACAGACUGUCUCAUAUGUGGUUGCCUUUAUUUGCAUGAUUACGAAAUAUCCUUUAAUGCUGAGACAACAACUAAUUAUCAAUCCCGUGAAUGCAGAGAAUGCUAUACAGCCUGGUGAAGAGCAACUUUACGAAAUGCACAUUGGACAAAUGCUUCAAGAUGUCAGACACUUGAACAGGGGUCAUUUUAUGCAAACUGAACAUGUUCAUGGUCAAUUAGAACAAAUUCAGGGAUACGUGAUAGGAUUUAGAGACACAAUAUGGCAUAUCAUAGUGGUCCUUGUUAUGAUCUUAGUUAUACAUGAAAUAAUAUUGAUACGACUUCGAAUAAAAGAACAUGACAACCCUACUAGACUCAAGUUUAACACCAUAGUGGACAGUCAGUUUGUAUGCCAAUCAGCUGAUAAUCAAUCUGUUUCUACAAAACCUUUGAAAAAUAUGUCGUGUGGUUCAACAGGAAGACUCUUUAAAUAUGAAGGUGUUUUUGCAAACACCUCUUUCCUUUUUGGAAAAAAAAGGCCCAAUUGGAUUUUCUAUAAAAUUUAACAAAAAGCAUUUACCGUCACCAUGGUCACAGGAUAAAGAUAAAUAUGUUAAAUCAAUUAGUUUUGAAUUUGGAUUGGUAGAAGACAGCAUUAGUAGGGAAGUAUUGUAUCCGUCAUAUUUUUCUGUCAGUGCUUUCAACUGUCAAAAUAUAUUUGGUGUUUGCCUUAAAACAGGGACUGGCAAAGACCUUCAAAGUGAAGCAAUAUUAAAGAGUGAAACUAAUUCCACAUUUGUUAAAGGGCAAUUUUCAAUGAGUUAUCGACCUAAGGAUUCGACCUUUGUUAUUCUAGCUAAAUCUGCAAAAGAUAACACCAUGAUCGAGGUACACAGAGCACAGCUUAUAGAAUUCAAAAUUCCAUUAUGGCCUGUUUUUGCCGCGUAUCAUUCGGAAGUAAUAACUGUUUCAAUUACUAUACAAACAAAUAAAAUUGGAUUUGAUCGACAAACAUUGCAUCCAAAAUUAUUCAUAUCUUACGAAAACAAAACAAUAUCUAAUAAAAUGCUCGGUGGCACAUAUACAAGCAAGAGUUCUGGAAAUCCUUUCAUUUAUACACGUCCUAAAAAAUUUGAAAUCUCCAAUACUUUUCAAACAAUGAUUGACAUUGAUUUUGUCGGCUCAAAUGAUGGUAAUACAUUUUUUAAGAUCGGCCUUCGGGAAUAUAAAAAUAGUAAAUUCGAAGAAACUAAACUUUUAGAAUGUACCAAGUGUGAAGUUAAUUACUUCCUUGGUUUUGUUCGCACGACUGGCUUCUGUCUUUCAGAUGAUUCUGGUAUGAAUCGGAUUGUUGUAGGAAACCAUAUAGGCUUACUUUUACAUUUCAACAGAAAUGGUCGUAUUGAACUAUACGUACUUAAUAAUUUUUCGGGGUAUAGCUAUUAUUUUUUUCAGUUUGAGCCAUUUCACGAAAUAUCUCCUGAAUUUUAUAUUGAAAAAGUUAAUGCAAAGGAUAUUGUUAUAUCUUCCAGCGAAAAUACAAGAAAUAAACACAUGGACUAUCAUUAGGAAAU